AUCAAAUGCCAUUCCAGAGGCUUAAAAUUCCCGUUUGGUUAGGUUUCAGCAGUUUCCCACAUCUACGAAUUAGCGUGAACAUCAGACUGUUUAACUCUCAACAUGGCGAAGACAGAAGGCAUCAAAAGAAUGUUAAAACCUGUGAUAGAGAAGAAGAGAAGAGAUCGAAUCAACCAUAAUCUGGACGCCUUAAGAGACCUGCUUUUCAAGAACACUGCAGACACGCGUUUACAAAAUCCUAAACUGGAAAAAGCAGAGAUUUUAGACCUUGCAGUUAAAUACAUCAAAAAGACCACAAGAAAGACUGAGACAAAAGUGACGUCUAAUCUAAUGGAUUCUAAGGCCACUCAGAAUCAGUCUAGUCCUAUAUCUGUUUCUGCAGGCCCCAUCCACGCCAAUGACUUCUAUGUAUUGGACUUCUACGGGAGGUUUAACUCAUCUAAUCAGAAGCAGAUUCUUAUCAAACCGGGGAUCAGACCUGAUGAUGCUUCCAAAGCAGAAAAUGAACCAGCGGCCCAGACAGGCUUUCUUCUAUCACCAUCAGGACAGAACUACCACCAAGAACACCCUGAAUCGUCUUUGUAUGGCUCUAAACUUUUGUGUCAGUCGACUUCUCCCUCCAGUUCAUCACAAUAUAGUUCCCCGCCAUCAUCUCCCACCUUUACCAGCGUAUCCUCCUCUCCCAAUAAUUCCCCUGCAUAUACUUUCACAUCUUGUUCUCUACCUCCUCCUCCUGACUCAUUGUCUCCUCUCAUAACAGCACGUUCACUCCAUAGGCCUGUUAUUGUGCCUCAGUCCAUUCUGCCCCACAUGGCUAGAGAUUUUACCCCACCGCAGUCACCUGUUCUGGCUCUCAGACAGGAACCGUUUCCUCUUCCAACCCAGUCCACAUGGAGACCAUGGAGCUGAACUCUUACCACUUUGGGGUUUUCCCUUUAUUUAGACACUGCUCCAAUGGAGAAAUGAUCAUGGUCUCUUAGAGGGACAUAUGUUGUGCACAGGGUUGUCACUUGUCACAGGGUUACUCCAAUUACCUUUGUCAUGUUUUCAAUGACAUGUACUUUAACUUGACUAUUUAUUGUUUUAUCCAAUGUUUGCCUUCAUUAGUACCUGUAAUUCUAGCAGUGAAAUAAAUCAAUUUCAUCA